AUGGACCUUUCCAACAACCAGUUAACUGGAAAUAUUCCUUCCUGUUUUGGCAAACUUGUAGGUAUGAAUUUUCCAGUUAACACCACCUCAGACAAUGACCUCCUUGUUUCUCCAGAUUCAAUGACGGAUAACAAAAUUAAUGAGACCAUGGCAGGCAUUGCACGGGAAUAUAGUAGUGUCCUUAACUACUUGGUAACCAUUGAUCUUUCCAACAAUGAUCUUGUUGGAGUCAUUCCCAAGGAGCUUACAAAGCUAUUUGGUGUAAUAGCCUUAAACUUGGCUAACAACAGUUUCACAGGCACGAUCCCGGGGAAUAUUGGUGACAUGAAGGCAUUGGAGACACUUGAUUUGUCAGAGAAUAAACUCUAUGGAAGGAUCCCAACAAGUUUGGGAUAUUUAAACUUCUUAAACCACCUUAACCUCUCUUUCAAUAACCUCUCCGGUCCAAUCCCAACCAGCACCCAGCUCCAAACUUUGAAUGACCCCUCAAUUUACACGGGAAACCCAUAUCUUUGUGGAGAUCCCUUACCCAAGUGCUUGUCCCAUGAUGAGAAGCCUAAUCAUUCUGACAAUCAGGAUGAUGAGGAAAAGACUAACAAGCUGGAGAUGAUGUGGUUCUACUUAGAUGUGAUGUUAGGCUUUGCUACCGGAUUUUGGGGUGUUGUUGGAACUUUGUUGCUGAAUAAAAGGUGGAGACAUGCUCUUUUUAGGUGUGUUGAGGAUGCAUCCAACUGGCUAUACGUGGCUAUUGCUCUCAAGGUGUCCAAGCUCAAGAAAAUGAUGAUCAAGCGCGACAACUCGAAUGAGUGA